AUGCCCGAGAUCUGCGCCGUCAACUACAUCGACCACGUCGGCGUCGCCGUCAACGACAUCCGGGCCGCCCUCGAUUUCUUCGCCGCCAACUUCGGCGCCCCGGACGCCGAGGUCGUCCAGCUCGACGAUCAGGCCGUUCGCGCCUGCCUCAUCGAAAUCGGCCAGACCCGCCUCGAACUCCUCGAGCCCCUGACCCCCGAGAGCGCCGUCGGCCGUUUCAUCGAACGCCGCGGCGAGGGCCUGCACCACCUCGCCCUCAACGUCGACGACAUCGCCGGCAAGCUCAAGAUCCUGUCCGCCAACGGCCUGUCCCUCAUCGACUCCGAGCCCCGUCACGGCCUGUCGGGAGCCAUCGGCUUCGUCCAUCCCCGCUCGGUCUUCGGCGUGCUGACCGAGUUGGUCGAGAACUGA